AUGCCUCGUCAACUCAAGCGCCGCUCCGACGCCAUAUCCCGUACCCAACACGACUCGGCAGAAUCCGAGGACGAAGCACCCCAACGCGCGCAACGACGUCAGCGCCAGCGCCAGCGCUCGUCUUCCUCAGAACAAGAACAACCACAGCGCACUCAACAGGGAACCCAACGCCACGAACAAUCCUCCUCGCUUGGAGAAGACUCCGAUGCUUCAUCCUCACCUGGGGCCCCACGCGGCCACUCCGCCGAAAACGUGCUCAUCAAGAAACUCGUCCGCCUGGCCCUCGCGACAGAAUACAGCCGCACUCCUUUACGAAGAAGCGACAUCAGCGCCAAGAUCCUCAAAGACGCCAACUCUUCCACAAGCGGCAUCAGCCGGGCCUCGUUCCAGAAGAUCUUCGAAGGCGCGCAGAAAGUCCUGCAAGAUACAUUCGGCAUGCAACUCACCGAACUGCCCUCUCGAGAAAAGACAAGUCUAAAAGAGCGGAGGACGCAAGCCACGCAGACCAAAGUGUCGAGUAGCAGCGCUUCCACCAAAUCGUGGGUCCUGGUGUCUACAUUGCCGGACGAACUCAAGACGAACCGGCUCCUCAUGCAGCCCAGUUUGGCGCCCAGUGUCGAAACCGAGGCGCAAUAUACGGCGCUGUAUACGUUCAUUUUGAGCCUGAUUUUCCUGAACGCGUCGAGCAUCACGGACCAGAAGCUGGAGCGGUAUCUCAAGCGGGUGAAUGCCGAGACGUACACGCCCGUGGGGAGUAAAGAGAAGUUAUUGCAGCGGAUGAUGAAGGAAGGAUACAUUGAUAAAAGAAGGGACACGAGUUCUGGGGAGGAAGUCAUCGAGUGGGUUCCUGGGCCGAGGGGGAAGGUUGAGGUCGGCGUACAGGGCGUGAUGGGCCUGGUGAGGACCGUGUAUGGACACGGGGCUGUGGAAUUGUCGAGAGACACGACCGGUGGGAGACGGCGUGAUGGGGCCGGUGGUGAAGACGAGGAAGCCGAAGAUGAUGUAGAGCCUGGCCGCCUCGUGAAAAUCGAGGAAGAUGAGCUCAACGCCAGGUUAUCGCGGAGUUUGGGUAUCAAGGUCAAUGGCGACGGUGGAGGCGAGAGGAGGAGGGAUCAACACGACGGAGAGGACGGUGAGCAACAAGACGAAGAACAGGACGGUGGUCAACCUGGACCUUCGAGACGAGCCGUGCAGAGAACUCGACCACCAACCACUGUUGGGAGAAAUCAAGGUCGCAGUCGUGGUGGAGGCAGACCAAAUGCACGCGACGAGGAUGAGAAUGGUAGUGGUUGA